AUGAUUGAAAAGAAGAGGAAAUGUAUUUUCCAAACUGCCUGUGCUGCAGCUGCUGCCGCCUCCACCACAGCAGCCGUACCCAUCCCUGGCUUCUCGGUGGGCUGUAAGAUUGGUAUUAUGCAGGCCUUCCUCUACAGGGCCUUCAUAUUCUUUGGAGUGGAUGAGAAAUCCCUCCAGAGACUCUCAGAACGUGUCAAUAAGCCAGUGGGUGAACUGAGCUCAACGAUGAAGUCUCGCUUCGCUGGGGGAGUCGAUGAGAAGGUGGUGGCUGGAAUGCUGAGUACAACAGCCAUGGUGGCAGCCAAGACUAUUGAGGUUCUGUUGACUAGCAUACCUGCCAUUGGUAGUUUUGGGUCAGUGGGGAUUGCCUUUGCCACUACACUACACCUUCUGGACAAGGGAAUAAAAGAGAUGGUGGAGGAUGCUAAAGCAGUGCUCAUGGCGGCAGGCGUAGAAUGACGUAAAAUAAUCAAACUGAGAAAACCUGUUCUUCAUGGUGGAUGCUACAAGCGCUGUAGAUACAUCUCUUACAGGUCAAAUGUCAAUGUCAAAUGUCUAAUCACUCCCGAGUGGCGCAGUGGUCUAAGGCACUGCAUCGCAGUGCUAGCUGUGCCACUAGAGAUCCUGGUUCGAGUCCAGGCUCUGUCGCGACCGGGAGACCCAUGGGCGGCGCACAAUUGGUCCAAGGUAGGGGAGGGUUUGGCCGGCAGGGAUGUGGGUUAGUUUCCCACGGGGGGCCAGUAUAUGAAGAAAAGAAAAUAACGUAUGCAUUCACUACCUGUAAGUUGCUCUGGAUAAGAGCGUCUGCUAAAUGACUAAAAUGUAAUCACUUUUGUUACCAUGACAAUAAAGAGUCAGGAACCCAAGGUUUGAGUUUGUUAACUUAGUUAUAGCGUUGUUAUUAGAGUUAGCAUCAUUAUUAGAAUUAGCAUUGUUGUUAGCUAUACCAUCAUUAUUAGCAUUAGCAUCAUCAGCAGCAUUAGCAUUGUGUAGUGCAAUACAAUGGAUGCUAUACAUUUGUUAGCAUAUCUUUGUUAGCAUGGUUACUUUUCCAUUUGAUUUGUCUUUGCCAACUAAUGUCCUGCUCUGUACUCUAUACCAAUGUCACUAUUUGAUUGUACUAGUAACUAGUAGGUGGAUACUUGGGAAAUGCCAAACAGUGGAAGAGUACCUCUUAUUCUUUCAAUGUUUUAUUAGUCUUUGUGUCAUCUAAUUUUACAUUAUUACAAUUUUUGAUGUGACUUUAUAUAUUGUAGUGGUCUACCCUGUUACCUAAAUAAUUGAUUGUUUGUGUAUUGUUUGUUUUAUUGACACAAAGAAUUGUAAUAAAAAAGACAAACAUACAGUAGGAUCUGAAGUCAAAGAUGUCAUUUUAUUGACUAGAUGUCCCUUUGUCUUCCUGCAUGUAUCAACAUCAGCCUUCUAUCUCUCUCUACUUAAUCUUCUUCUCUCUCUCUCUCUCCCUCUCUCUUUCUCUCUACUCUGGUGGGGAGGGCACAGGCUAGUAGUUGGUGAUGGUCUCUUGGAUCCAGGGCAGCAGGGCACAGACCUUGGUGUAGACACCAGGGUAGUUGGGCUGGGCACAGCCAACACCCCAGGACACGAUGCCAUGCAGCUCUCCGUUACACACCAGGGGACCGCCAGAGUCACCCUGAAAGAGAAAUAGAGGGAGAGAGAGAGAGAGAGAAUGAAUUAAUAUAUAAAUGAAUGAAGAAACAAAUGAAAUGUUCUGUUUGUGAGGUUGCAGGGGUAUUCUCCAUACCUGACAGGAGUCCUUGCCUCCCUCCAGGUAUCCGGCACACACCAUGGUAUCAGUGAUUUGGCCAGGGUAGGACUCCUCACAGUCCUUAUUAGACAGGAUGGGGAUGUCCACACACUGCAGGUUAAAUGGGUUGAACACUGAGAGAGAGAGAGAGAGAGAGAGAGAGAGAGAGAGAGAGAGAGAGAGAGAGAGAGAGAGAGAGAGAAGAGAGAUAUAUGAGAGAAGCUACCCUCUCAGGACUCUCAUCACCAGACUUGUCAACAAGUAAAUUGACUUGGUGAUUCCCCAUCAACAUGUAGGCCUACAGUGAGCUACAGUUUAAAGAAGAUGUAAUUUAGUUGAUUGCAUUCAAUAACCCAUAUUUUCUAAUCUCAUCCCAAUCUCAUCCUCAUUCCACCCCAUCCCACACUACACUCUGUCUGCAUACAUACCAGAGUCGGUGUAGAUGUUUCCCCAUCCAGACACCACACACAUGUCCCCAGCCUUGGGCAGGGGCCGUGGGCAGGCGAUGGCUGACAACCUCAUUUAGAUUGACAGGGUGGGCCAGCUUCAACACAUAAUGUCGUGGUCUCAGGGGCUGGUGUUGGUACUCUUGUGCCAGUAGAUGGGCGUCCACGACAUGUAGCUUGCUCCGUACCCUCGUGCUUCCAGAUGUGGUGGUCACCAGGGAUGGCAGCUCUCCAAGGAUGGAGAGCUUAGAGAGAUGAGAGACGAGAGGCUCUAGAGAGAGAGUAGAGACGUAGCGAGACUUCGAUCGCGAGGGCUCCAGUGAGUGAGAGAGAGAGAGAGAGAGGUCAUAUCUUUGAUAUGACAAGAAGUAAUGUGCAUGAAGUGAAUAUCAGUGAUUAUCUAGGUCACAUCCUAAGACAAGGAGAGAGAGGGGUAGACAGAAAGUGAAGACAGAAUGAAAAUUGGUGACAUGGACAGCGUGAUUUUAUUUUGUAACUUUACAUGGUUCUUAUAUAAGGUUUGUGUGAAUGAACUAACAGCAGAAGAGAGGCCUAAGGGAGGCGCAGUAAAGGGAAAAGACGGUUGACUGUGACCUUGCAGUACUCACUUCAUCCAGCAGUGGGCGGCAGAGAUGAUCCACUGGUCGUUUAUGAGGGAGCCGCCACAGAAGUGGUAGCCAAUGUUAAGAGAGGCUUGCCAAGGCUGGGAGUGAGCCUCACACUCAUAACCCCCCACAAUCCUGUCAUCCAUAGGAGCUGCCACUGAGGGAGGGAAGGAGAGGAAGGUAGAGGGAGGGUCAGAUGAGAAAGAGAGGAGGAUGGAGAGAGGGAGUAGUGUUCAGAGAGUAUGAGAGGAGGAAGGUGACAGAAGACAGAGAGAUGCAGAGGUUAGAGAUAUACAAGAUGGGCAAAAGGAGAGCAUUAAGCUAAUGUCCACAUUGUCUGUAAAAUAUGUGUGUCUCUAUGUGUGUGUGUGUGUGUGUGUUACCUGCAGCCCCCAGGAGUGUGAGUACAAUCAGGCCAAUCAUUGUGCUGCGGAGACAAGUCUUCAUUCACCAGACUGGAGAUGUGCACUCUGCAAUUUGCUACAUUUAUACUUUUAUCUCAACUGCUAUCCCUCCACCCUGCCCUGCCCCCUUUCCAAACUCUCCUGCCCCUUCAUGCCUCAUCUUAUCACAAACCCCCCUUCCAUUCUGCCAAGUACUCCGAGCAUGCCUUUAUCCCAUUCCUCACGCCAAUUUCAUCAUGCUUUUUGAGACAUUUUGUUAUUGGAAUAAGUCACAGCUGCAGCCGUUUCAACCUUGGGACUUCGGGACAGAAAGUGUUUAGUGUUGAAACAGUUGUGCUGUUGGCCAGAUUGUCAGAGUGGUAGGAUCAUUGAGACCUUAUAGAAGCGGGGGAAAUUCUUGUUGUACUUUUCAGGCACCAGUUCUAACAUGACAGGUGGCCAUUUCUCCCACAGCUCCUGGCCUAUAUUCAAGGGCAUACCAAGAGUACUAAAGAAUAGUAGCAGAGAUAAGGAAGGCUCUAUGAGUAAAAUGUGAAUAGUAGCAGACAGAAGGAUGAUUUGCACACUGAAAAUGUUUUGCAAUCAGUGCAUUCAAUAGAAUAAUUAGUUGUUCUGUAAGAUGCAACGAUAGGAAAGCGAAUAGACUUUGUUGGAUGAGCACAGGCUGUUAAGUAGCCGUGGUCCUUUUGAUACUGCAUAUGGCCAGCCAUGGGUACGUGUCCUUCUGUGCCACAUGCCAAUUCAAAAGGCUAAAUGUCUGUCAUAUACAGUUUGCCAGCUACUGGUUAAUCACCAGCUAGGUGUACACUCCCCUACAUAUUUAUUUGGAUAGUGAAGCUAAAACUUUUAAUUUGGCUCUAUACUCCAACAUUUUGAAUUUGAGAACAAAUGUUUUAUAUGAGGCGACAGUACAGAAUAUCACCUUUUAUUUGAGGGUGUUUUCAUAUAUAUAUGUUUUAUCGUUUAGAAAUGAAUGCAUUUUAUGUAUCUAGUCCCCCCAUUUGAAGGUGUCAUAAGUAUUUGGACAUAUUCACUUAUAGUGUAUUUAAUUUAGUCAAAAGUUUAGUAUUUGGUCCCAUAUUCCUAGCACGCAAUGGCUACAUCAAGCUUGUGACUACAAACUUGUUGGAUGCAUUUGCAGUUUGUUUUGGUUGUGUUUCGGAUUAUGUUGUGCAAAUGGUAAAAAAUGGAUUGUGUCAUUUUGGAGUCCUUUUAUUGUAAGUAAGAAUAGAAGAUGUUUCUGAACACUUCUACAUUAAUAUGGAUGUUACAAUGAUUACGGAGAAUCAUAAAUGAAUAAUGAUGAGUGGGAAAGUUACAGAUGGACAAAGGGCAUGCCUCCAAAACAUGCUAACCUCUCACCAUUGCCAAUAACAGGGGAGGUUAGGAUUUUCUUGGAGGUAUGAUAUUCAUGCAUCUGUAACUUUCUCACUCAUCAUUAUUCAAGAUUCAUUCAUGAUUAUCCGUAAUCAUGGUAGCAUCCACAUUAAUGUAGAAGUGUUGAGAAACAUAUUAUAUUCUUAUUUACAGUAAAAGUGACUCCAAAAUGACACAAUACAUUAUUUACCAUUCAUCUUUAUUGGGCACAACAUAAUCCGAAACACAACCAAAACAAACUGCAAAGGCAUCCAACAAGUUUGUAGAGUCACAAGCUUGAUUUAGCAGUGGUGGAAAAAGUAUUAAAUUGUCAUGCUUGAGUAAAAGUACAAAGUAAAAGUAAAUGCUAUACAUCAAAUUCCUUAUAUUAAGCAAACCAGAUGGAAUGAUUUUUAUUUUUUAUUUUUACAGACAGCCAGAGGCACACUCCAACACUCUCAAUACUUAUGACACCUUCAAAUGGGGGGACUAGAUACAUAAAGUGCUUUCAUUUCUAAACGGUAAAACAGAUAAGUAUGAAAGCACCCUCAAAUAAAAGGUGACAUACUGUAUGGUCGCCUCAUAUAAAACAUUGUUCUCAAAUUCAAAAUGCUGAAGUAUAGAGACAAAUAAAACAUUUUAGCUUCACUGUCCAAAUAAAUACAUAGGGGAGUGUAUGUUGCGGAGUGUAUGCAGGUGUGUUUAAAAAAAUAUUGUGGCCAAUGUAUGCUUGUAUGGUUAGGGAUAAGGCAGAGUAAGGGGAGGGGGAAGUGAUUAGGGUGGUAAGCAUGGGGAGGGCAGUGCAAACAGGGGUUGUGUGCAUAUGGGAGGGCAGUGCAGAUAGGGGUUGUGUGCAUAUGGGAGGGCAGUGCAGAUAGGGUUUGAGGGGUAAGGGAGGGAAGGUAGGGUUUGAGGGGUAGGGGAGGGAAGGUAGGGUUUGAGGGGUAGGGGAGGGCAGAUAGGGUGUGUAUAAAUAAAGUCCAUGUGCGUGUCCAGGUGUCUUUGAUCAGCCAGCGUUCACUGGACAGACAGACACCAUGAGACUACUCGCUCUGAUACUGCUGGUUGGAUCUGCUGGUAAUGAAAUACACACACACCACACACCACACACAAACAUACAGUACUUUAAUAUACUCUACCAAUUAUAUAUCAUAAACUAUGCGUAGGGAAUAGUCAUCUUACAUGUAGCUUAUAACAGCUUUCAACUUUGUUACCCAACAGGUUUUUAUGUGAUGUAGAACAAUUCUGAUGAAUGCUAUUCAGAGAGCAACAAUGUCCUCAUCUCUCCCCUCUUGUGACCACUCUCUCUAUAUGGUGUCUCUCUCUGUGUGUGUGUGUUUCAGCGGCAGUGCCCCGUGAGGAUGGUAAGAUCAUCGGGGGCCAGGAGUGUGAACCUCACUCCCGACCCUGGAUGGCCUCCCUCAACUACGGGUACCACUUCUGCGGAGCCGUGCUCAUCAACGAGCAGUGGGUGCUCUCUGUCGCUCACUGCUGGUACAAGUGAGUAAGGGUGGAGGGCAGGGGAGGGCCAAUAUGGACCCAAAGGACGGCUAUUCUAUGUCUUCUGCAAUGUAACAAUUUGGAUCUUUGCAGACUGUGACAUGAAGUUGCUCUGUACUCAUCAUUUUACCACUCUGUCUUUCCCUCCCUCCUCUCUACCCUCUUCUUCCUCUCCCCCUCUUCCUCCUCUCUCAGCCCCUACGCUAUGCAGAUCAUGCUUGGAGACCACAACCUGCGUGUGUUUGAGGGAACUGAGCAGCUCAUGAAGACUCAAAACAUAAUCUGGCAUCCCAGGCAAGCUACACCCCACACUUACCCCUUACCCAUCAUUUAA